AUGGAGUCUAACUCGAUUCAAGCAGCAAAAACAAAAAUUGCUUUUCUUUUACCCCCCACAGGUACAGGUGCGGUCCCAAUGAUCGAGGACAAAAAAGAAAAGGAAAUCAGAAAAUCGUCAGUUUCGGAAACUACGAUCAUGCAUUUCCAGCUCCAAAAAUUCGAACAGAGGAUUGAGGAGCAAGACAUGGAAAUUGCUACCCAACGGCAAGAAUUAACCAGGUUAAUGAUAAUAAACCAAGAGCUAACACUAUGGCUAGAAAACCAACUAGCGCACUUACUAGUUGCGCAACAGGAGCCCUCUCCAGCUAAUUAUGAAUUACCAAAUACCCAGACCGCCGAAGAAGACCUGAUGAUAGAUGUCGCUGGCCAUCAAGGCCUCGAGAGGCCAAGGUCACUCUCAGAAACCGAAGAGGACAUUUCAACCAACCCCCCCAUGGACUCCCCUGAGCAAACAGCUGGACCUUCUCAGCCCACUGAGAAGAAAACAGCAAAAAGUGCUAUCCCUUCGAUAGUACUGAAAACGUCGUCGAAAUGGACGCUAGUCCAAAGAGAAUUCGCCUUGAAAGGAGUCAAAGUAACCAGUGAAAAACUGACUGAAGGCGGAGUCAAAAUCCAGACAAAAACGGUGGAAGAAUACCGUUCAGCCACCAAAAUCUUAGAAGAAGAGAAGCAUGAGUUCCACACAUACUCGCUGCCCGACGACAAGCCGCACUACGCGGUAAUGAAAGGCAUCGAUAUCAGUGUGAAACCACUCUACAUUAAAGGAGACCUGGAGUCCAAAGGAUCAAUCAUCCUGGCAGUUCACAGGAUGAAAUCUGUGAGGACGGAAAAAGAAAUUCCAUUGGUACUAGUCCAAGUACCAAAAUCAGAUGCCAGAAUUUGGAAAGUGAGCGACAGCUGCGGAUAUUCCGUGAAGAUGAAAAUCCAGAACCCCCCACCCAAGAAGGUAGCCCAAUGUCAUAGAUGCCAGCAAUUUGGUCACGGACAGACCAACUGGAGAUGCGUGAAGUGCGGCGAACCCCACCCCACCUCAACAUGCCCGAAACCAAGGCACACCGACGCCACAUGUGCCAACUGCGAAGGCAAACAUCCAGCCAACUUCACAGGAAGCCCCAAAACCGAAACUGCCAACCAACCUUAG